AUGAAGGACAUCCAGAAUGGUGAGUGGUGAUGCUCCACCUCAACCCACCUCACUCAACAUAGCAUAAUGACGUCAUUGCAACCAGUUUUGCCCAGGUCGUUUCCUCAAUUCAUGUUCCUCGGACAAAGCAUUGAACUCUCUAGACUUUUGAUUCAUACAGUGCAUUCGGAAAGUAUUCAGACUCCUUGACUUUUUCCACAUUUUGUUACGUUACACCCUUACUCUAACAUGGAUUAAAUACACAUUUUUCUUCAUCAAUCUACACACAAUACCUCAUAAUGACAAAGCGAACACAGCUUUUUAGAAAUGUUAGCAAAAGUAUUCAGACCCUUUGCUAUGAGACUCGAAACUGAGCUCAGGUGCAUCCUGUUUCCAAUGGUAUUGAUGAGUAUACCACCUCAGUCACCGGGUUCAUCAAUAAGUGCAAACUAUUACAGACUACAAAGGGAAACCCAGCUGCGAGCUGUCCAGUGACGCGAUAAAUGCCUUUUAUGCUCACUUCGAGGCAAGCAACACUUAAGCAUGCAUGAGAGCACCAGCUGUUCUGGACGACUGUGUGAUCACGCUCUCCAUAAUCAAUGUGAGCAAGACCUUUAAACAGGUCAACAUUCACAAGGACGCGGGGCCAGACAUAUUACCAAGACGUGUACUCAGAGCAAGCGCGGACCAACUGGCAAGUGUCUACAUUUACAUUUUCUACCUCUCCCUGACCGAGUCUGUAAUACUAACAUGUUUCAAGCAGACCACCAUAGUUCCUGUGGCCAAGAAAGCGAAGGUAACCUGCCUAAAUGACUACUGCCCCGUAGCACUCAAGUCAGUAGCCAUGAAGUGCUUUGAAAGGCUGGUCAUGGCACACAUUUUACAUUACAUUUUAGUCAUUUAGCAGACGCUCUUAUCCAGAGCGACUUACAGUUAGUGAAUACAUAUUUUUUUAUACUGGCCCCCCAUGGGAAUCACACCCACAACCCUGGCGUUGCAAACGCCAUGCUCUAUCAACUGAGCUACAUCCCUGCCGGCCAUUCCCUCCCCUACCCUGGACGACGCUGGGCCAAUUGUGCGCCGCCCAUGAGUCUCCCGGUCGCGGCCGGCUGCGACAGAGCCUGGAUUCAAACCAGGAUCUCUAGUGGCACAGUUAGCACUGCGAUGCAGUGCCUUAGACCACUGCGCCACUCAGGAGUACACAUCAACACCAUCAUCGCAGAAACCCUAGACCAACUCCAAUUUGCAUACCGCCCCAACAGAUCCACAGAUGACGCAAUCUCAAUCGCACUCCACACUGCCCUUUCCCACCUGGACAAAAGGAACACCAAUGUGAGAAUGCUGUUCAUUGACUACAGCUCAGCGUUCAACACCGUAGUGCCCACAAAGCUCAUCACUAAGCUAAGGACCCUAGGACUAAACACCUCCCUCUGCAACUGAAUCCUGGACUUCCUGACGGGCCGCACCCAGUUGGUAAGGGUAUGCAACAACACAUCUGCCACGCUGAUCCUCAACACGGGGGCCCCUCAGGGGUGCGUGCUCAGUCCCCUCCUGUACUCCCUGUUCACCUACGACUGCGUGGCCAAGCACGACUCCAACACCAUCAUUAAGUUUGCUGACGACACAACGGUGGUAGGCCUGAUCACCAACAACGAUGAUACAGCCUAUAGGGAGGAGGUCAGAGACCUGGCAUUUUGUGGUGCCAGGACAACAACCUCUCCCUCAACGUGAGCAGGAAAAGGAGAUGAUUAUGGAAUACAGGAAAAGGAGGGCAGAACACGCCCCCAUUCACAUCGGCGGAGCUGUAGUGGAACGGGUAGAGAGUUUCAAGUUCCUUGGUGUCCACAUCACCAACAAACUCUCAUGGUCCAAACACACCAAGAAAGUAAUGAAGAGGGCACGACAACGCUUUUUCCCCCUCAGGAGACUGAAAAGAUUUGGCAUGGGUCCCCAGAUCCUCAAAAAGUUAUACAGCUGCACCAUCGAGAGCAUCCUGACCUGUUGCACCACCGCCAUGUAUGGCAACUGAUCGGCAUCCGACCGUAAGGCGCUACAGAGGGUAGUGAGUACAGCCCAUCCAGGACCUACAGUGCCUUCGGAAAGUAUUCAGACCCCUUGACUUUUUCCACAUUUUGUUACGUUACAGCCUAAUUCUAAAAUUGAUUAAAUAUUUGUUUUAUUCUCUACACACAAUACCCCAUAAUGACAAAGUGAAAAUUGGUUUUUAGAAAUUUUAGCAAAAAAAACUAAAACUAAAAUACCUUAUUUACAUAAGUAUUCAGACACUUUGCUAUGAGACUCGAAAUUGAGCUCAGGUGCAUCCUGUUUCCAUUGAUCAUCCUUGAGAUGUUUCUACAACUUGAUUGGAGUCCACCUGUGGUAAAUUCAAUUGAUUGGACAUGAUUUGGAAUGGCACACACCUGUCUAUAUAAGGUCCCACAGUUGACAGUUCAAAUCAGAGCAAAAAUCAAGCCAUGAGGUCGAAGGAAUUGUCUGUAGAGUUCCGAGAUAGGAUUGUGUCGAGGCACAGAUCUGGGGAAGGGUACCAAAACAUUUCUGCAGCAUUGAAGGUCCCCAAGAACACAGUGGACUCCAUCAUUCUUAAAUGGAAGAAGUUUGGAACCAGCAAGGUUCUUCCUAGAGCUGGCCACCCAGCCAAACAGAGCAAUCGGGGGAGAAGGAUCUUGGUCAGGGAGGUGACCAAGAACCCGAUGGUCACAAUGAGAGAGCUCCAGAGUUCCUAUGUGGAGGUGGGAGAACCUUCCAGAAGGACAACUGUCUCUGCAGCAUGCCACCAAUCAGUCCUUUAUGGUAGAGUGAGCAGACGGAAGCCACUCCUCAGUAAAAGGCACAUGACAGCCCGCUUGGACUUUGCCAAAAGGCACCUAAAGACUCUCAGACCAUGAGAAACAAGAUUCUCUGGUCUGAUGAAACCAAGAUUGAACUCUUUGGCCUGAAUGCCAAACGUCACGUCUGGAGGAAACCUGGCACUAUCCCUACGGUGAAGCAUGGUGGUGGCAGCAUCAUGCUGUGGGGAUGUUUUUCAGCGGCAGGGACUGGGAGACUAAUCAGGAUCGAGGGAAAGGUGAAUGGAGCAAAGUACGGAGAGAUCCUUGAUGAAAACCUUCUCCAGAGCGCUCAGGACCUAAGAAUGGGGCGAAGGUUCACCUUCCAACAGGACAACAACCCUAAGCACACAGCCAAGACAACGCAGGAGUGGCUUUGGGACAAGCCUCUGAAUGUCCUUGAGUGGCCCAGCCAGAGCCCGGACUUGAACCCGAUCAAACAUCUCUGGAGAGACCUGAAAGUAGCUGUGCAGCGACGCUCCCCAUCCAACCUGACAGAGCUUGAGAGGAUCUGCAGAGAAGAAUGGGAGAAACUCCCCAAAUACAGGUGUGCCAAGCUUGUAGCGUUAUACCCAAGAAGACUUGAGGCUGUUAUCACUGCCAAAGGUGCUUCAACAAAGUACUGAGUAAAGGGUCUGAAUACUUAUGUAGGUGUGAUAUUUCUGUUUUACAUUUUUUAUAAUUUAGCAAACAUUUAUUAAAACCUGUUUCUGCAUUGUCAUUAUGGGGUAUUGUGUGUAGAUUGAUGAGGAAAUAAAACAAUUUAUAAUCAUUUUUAGAAUAAGGCUGUAACGUAACAAAAUGUGGAAAAAAUCAAGGGGUCUGAAUACUUUCCGAAUGCACUGUAUGUGUUAAAAGGUUAUUAUAGUAAACUUAAAAACCAGAGUGGCGCAGUGGUCUAAGGCACUGCAUCGCAGUGCUAGCUGUGCCACUAGAGAUCCUGGUUCGUGUCCAGGCUCUGUUGCAGCCGGCCGCAACUGGGAGACCCAUGGGCGGCGCACAAUUGGUCCAGCAUCGUCCAAGGUAGGGGAGGGUUUGGCCGGCAGGGAUGUGGGUUUGUUUCCCACAGGGGGCCAGUAUGAAAAAAACAUGUAUGCAUUCACUAACUGUAAGUCGCUCUGGAUAAGAGCAUCUGCUAUAUGACAUAAAUGUAAAAUGAAAUUAAAACUAAUCAUGACAUUUUUUUUGAUUAAACUGAAAUUAAAUAAUUAACAUGAAAAAAUACAAGUAUACUGAAACUAAUGUACAAUAAAAACCAUCAUGAAUUAUGGUCUUUUUAUUUUGUUAUUUUUUGCCUUACAACCUGGAAUUAAAAUGGAUUUUUGGGGGGUUUGUAUAAUUUGAUUUACACAGCAUGCCUACCACUUUGAAGAUGCAAAAUAUUUUUUUAUUGUGAAACAAACAAGAAAUAAGACAAAAAAACAGAAAAAUUGAGCGUGCAUAACUAUUCACCCCCCCCCCCCCCCCCCCCCCCCCCCCCCCCAAUUAUAGCUGGAAGUCUCUUGGGGUAUGUCUCCAUAAGCUUGACACAUCUAGCCACUGGGAUUUUUGCCCAUUCUUCAAGGCAAAACUGCACCAGCUCCUUCAAGUUGGAUGGGUUCCGCUGGUGUACAGCAAUCUUUAAGUCAAACCACAGAUUCUCAAUUGGAUUGAGGUCUGGGCUUUGACUAGGCCAUUCCAAGACAUUUAAAUGUUUCCCCUUAUACCACUCGAGUGUUGCUUUAGCAGUAUGCUCAGGGUCAUUGUCCUGCUGGAAGGUGAACCUCCGUCCAAGUCUCAAAUCUCUGGAAGACUGAAACAGGUUUCCCUCAAGAAUGUCCCUGUAUUUAGCGCCAUCCAUUAUUCCUUCAAUUCUGACCAGUUUCCCAGUCCCUGCCAAUGAAAAACAUCCCCACAGCCUGAUGCUGCCACCACCAUGCUUUACUGUGGGGAUGGUGUUCUCUGGGUGAUGAGAGGAGUUGGGUUUGCGCCAGACAUAGCGUUUUCCUUGAUGGCCAAAAAGCUCAAUUUUAGUCUCAUCUGACCAGAGUACCUUCUUCCAUAUGUUUGGGGAGUUUCCACAUUCCUUUUGGCGAACACCAAACGUGUUUGCUAAUUUUUUUCUUUAAGCAAUGGCUUUUUUCUGUCCACUCUUCCGUAAAGCCCAGCUCUGUGGAGUGUACGGCUUAAAGUGGUCCUAUGGACAGAUACUCCAAUCUCUGCUGUGGAGCUUUGCAGCUCCUUCAGAGUUAUCUUUGGUCUCUUUGUUGCCUCUCUGAUUAAUGCCCUCCUUGCCUGGUCCAUGAGUUUUGGUGGGCAGCCCUCUGUUGGCAGGUUUGUUGUGGUGCCAUAUUCUUUCAAUUAUUUAAAAAUGGAUUUAAUGGUGCUCUGUGGGAUGUUCAAAGUUUCUGAUAUUUUUUUAUAACCCAACCCUGAUCUAUACUUCUCCACAACUUUGUCCCUGGCCAAUAUUUAUCCCCAUAAUGCAACACACUUUGAAAGGUGGUGACCAAUAAUGGUCACCGACUUCACAAAAGUGAUCAGCUCGAAACCGCCCAUUGACUUUCUAUAUUUUAUAGACUCACAAGAUUACAUUGCCACAAGCAGUACAGGAUAUAUUGGGCACAUUUGAUCAGAAACAUUUUUAACUUUACAAAAACCAUGUGAUCAAAGGUCAUGCAGUUUUUGAUUAAGUUGCCUUCAAGUCACUGCAGUUGCUUCUCACCAACUGCACCAUACAGCCAAUGCCUGGCUAGUGGGAGGCACUAUUUGUCAACAAAUCAUUAGGGACUUUUUGGUGGGGACAGGUAUCCCCUGUAGCUCAGUUGGUAGAGCAUGGCGCUUGCAAUGUCAGGGUUGUGGGUUCGUUUCCCACGGGGGGCCAGUAUGAAAAUGUAUGCACUCACUAACUGUAAAAUGUAAAAAUGUGUACCAAUACGAACGUGACCAAAGACGUGACUAAAACAGGAACCAAUUCUAAAGCUACAGGCAGAACAAAAUGAAAGUGAAAAAAACCCCAUUAAAUCCCCACUUAUCUCAAGCAGACAGAUUUUGGGCGAGGUAAAUCCUCUCGCUUUGCCUCUUCCUCUCUGACUUUGCUUUCACACAGUCACACAGAAUAUCUGCGCAUGUGCACCGGUGCAUUUCACGCUGCUACAACGUGGUAGCUACAGACCAAAACAGCUGAGAAGUUUAGCCUCGCAGUUCAAAGCUCCUGGUUGUUGCGUAAAUUGACCCACUACUACUGUAUAUUUUGUGCAUCUGGGUAACAAAUAAGUACAUUACUGUGAUUGUUUUCAAUUAAAAUUGUCAAAAAGGAACAAAAAUAGCUUCUUAGCAAAGUGCAAUUUCUGAAGCAAGAAUUUCGCUAAGACUCUCGGGGAGUGGUUUGAGUGGGGAAGGGAAAACUGAAAACGAUCUGUUAUUGGCAGGUUUGGAACUCUCUUUUUACUAUUGGUCUAUUAACUCAUUCACUGCCUGGUGAUGACUCCAGACAGUCUAAUACUCCAUCCCACCAAAACAGGUUGAAAUUCCAGCUCUUACAUUAAAAGGGCAUUAUCAUAAUUUUUCAUAAUUUCACAGUAUUUUAGUGUGGAAAUAUAUAUAAAUCACGUUUUUGACUGCUAUCGGCCUUUAAACCUAACCUAACCUAUGACCUGAUCCAUCACCUUAUGCAUUGUGGCAAGAAGGGACAUCACAAAAAAUGCACAACACAUAAAUGGCUCCUAGCCUCCCACUCACAGGCUACAUUCUGUCCCUAAAACUGAAAUGAAAUAGAAACCUAAAAUAAAAUAUAUUUUUUUUUAUAAAACUUAAAUUUAAAAAACAAAUAGUAAAUCAGAUCUGAAAACUAACUGAAACUAAACUGAAUAAAAACGAAUAAUAAUCUUAAAACGUAUAAAAAUAAAAAAUAAUAUUAAAGCACAAAAUUGAUUAACUUUGAUGUGUUACCCUCAAAUGAGAGGCCUCAUUACUGGGUUAUCACUAGACUUUGAAGUAUAAAGGAUGUAUGAUUCUCUUUCUCUCUGUGUGUAUCCAUCUUUCAUUUAGUUUACCAUAUUCACUUUUAUCCUGCUCUUUCUCUUUCUCUUUCUCUCUCUCGUUCUCUAAUCUAUUGUCACUGCUCCUUAGUCUAAACGGCUUUGUUAAAACAGAACUACUCCAGAAUGGAUUCUCCUCCUGUUAUAGUCCUCUGAUUGCCUUGCCAUUCAUCCCUCAUCCAUGUGUCUAAACAUUGCUUACAAGAUCGACGCUGGGGACGGUCUGUCUAUCCUAUAAGUCCUCUCUAUAGGCUUAUCUCAACAGGAGGAGGUACUGAAAUACAUUUUGGGGAUGUAGAAACGCUUUCAGUGUAAACUUAAAUGACUAAAAUCAAAUAGAAACUAUGUAGAAAAUAUAAUGGACCUAUAUAUUUUUUAAUAAUAGCCUAUAAACUUUGAGAACAAACAGUGCCUAUAGGAAGUCUACAUCACCUUGAACUUUUUUCAAAUUUGUUGGGUUACAAAGUGGGGUUUAAAUAGAUUUAAAUGUAUUUUUUUGUUAUUGAUCUACCAAAAAUACUCCAUAAUGUCAAAGUGAAAAGAAAUUCAACACAUUUUUACAAAUGAAUAAAAAUAUUUUUUAUGUGUUUAAAGUCGUUGAAUAGGGGGUGAAUUAGUUGUUAGUUCAGAAGUAAAAUUUGGCUUAACAAAUCACAUAAGUUAUAUGGACUCACUCUGUUUGAAAUAAUAGGGGUUUGCAUGAUUUUUGAAUGACAACCCCUUCCUCUGUCCCCCAUACAUACAACAUCUGUAAGGUACCUCAGUCAAGUAUUGAAUUUCAAGCACAGAAUCAACUACAAAGACCAGGGAGCUUUUCGAAAGCCUCAUAAAGAACGUCAGUGAUUGGUAGAUGGGUAACAAUACAAAAUCUGACAUUGAGUAUAUUUGUAAGCAUUGUCAAGUUAAUAAUUAUGCUGUGGAUGAUGUACUAAACAACCCAGAAGCAUUAAACGUGCAGUCGUCCUUCUCAACUGAGCUGCAGGACAGGAAGGAAACUGCUUAGGGAUGUCACCAAGGGCGCAAAACAGCUACAGAGUUCAAUGGCUGUGAUGGGAGAAAACUGAGGAUGGAUCAACAACGUUGUAGCGACUCUACAAUAAUGAUCUAAAUGACAGAGUGAAAAGAAGAAUAAAAAUACACAGAAUAAUGAUUUUCCAAAACAUGCAACAGGGCACUAAACUAAUACUGCAAAAAAUUAAGAAACUUUUUGGCCUAAAUGCAAAGCCUUAUAUUUGGGGAAAAUCCAACACAACACAUCACUGAGUAACUGCCUCCUUAUUUUCAAGCGUGGUGGUGGCUGCAUCAUGGUAUGGGUAUGCUUGACAUCGGCAAAGACUAGGGAGUUUUUCAGGAUGAAAAGAAACGGGAUUGAGCUAAGCACAGGUAGAAUCCUAGAUGAAAACCUGCUUCAGUCUGCUUUACACCAGACACUGGGAGAGGAAUUCACCUUUCAGCAAGACAAUAACCUACAACACAAAGCCAAAUCUACACAGGAGUUGAUUACCAAGAAGACAGUGAAUGUUAUUGAGUGGCCAAGUUACAGUUUUGACUUGAAUCUGCUUGGAAAUCUAUAGCAAGACCAGAAAAUUAAAAUGUGAAGAAAUCCAAGUGGUGUGUAGACAAUAGGCACUGUACAAUAACCAAAAUAAAAGACAAUCAGGCCACAUUGAUUUUGUUAUAAUGUUUGAGCAUAAGAACACAGCAUUAGUCAGGUCUAGAAUUGUAGGAAACUAGUUUUAAAAUGGCAAUAUUUUCUCUCAGCUCCAUGGCUAAAUGUAUAGAAUUGCAGGAUAUUGGCUUUAAAGGUCCCACACAGUCAAAACCAUGUUUUUAAUCAAAUUUUAUGAUAUUUGGAUGAAACCAGAUCAAAAUAGGAUGACCAAAGUGUGAAAAAUUACUGUUGCUGGUACAUUGAUAAAGUUUUAUCAUAAAGUUACUGGCCCCCUCCCCUGUGUCAAAAAACUUGAAUUCAAGAGGCGGGAUAGAUGUCAGUUAGACAUCAUUGAUAGUCAUGAUUUAUGAAAAUGGUCUGGCAGUCAAUAUAUACAGUACCUUCGGAAAGUAUUCAGACCCCUUGACCUUUUCCACAUUUUGUUACGUUACAGCCUUCUCAAAAAUUGAUUAAAUUGUUUUGUUUUUCUCAUUAAUUUACACAAAAUUCCACAUAAUGAUGAAGCAAAAACUGGUUUUUAGAGAUUUCUGCUCAUUUAUAAAAAAACAAAAACGGAAAUAUUACAUUUACAUAAGUAUUCAGACCUUUUACUCAGAGAUGUUAGAUCGGGUUCAAGUCCAGGCUCUGGCUGUGCCACUCAAGGACAUUCAGAGACUUGUCCCGAAGCCACUCCUGCAUUGUCUUGGCUGUGUGCUUAGGGUUGUUGUCCUGUUGGAAGGUGAACCUUCGCCCCAGUCUGAGAUCCUGAGCGCUCUGGAGCAGGUUUUCAUUAAGAAUCUCUCCAGUGGUGGUUAUUUAGUCUUCUAUUUGGCUGAAACUUUCAUAAAACACUUCUGUGCGAUGUAGCCUUCCUGUAAUACUUUAGAGUGCUAGUGAUCGUGCUUGGCGCAAGAGUUGGCGCCUGGCUCAGUGUGGUAUGGAGGAUGCUGGCAGAUGGUGCUGGGUUUGGUCAUGAAUGGGACGUCUGAUAGAGAUGAUAUGGGCCUUUUCUACUCAACCCUGUUUGAGUCAGUAACUAGAACCAAAUUAGUGAGAGUGAGAGAGCAGGCAGAGAGAAAUAGAGAGCAUGCGCAGAGAGGCUGGCCCUGUGGUGACUAUGGAGGGAGUAAGAGUGUGAAGGGGUUGAGGGUGAAGCAAUAAGCAGAGAGAGAGAAACUGGCAGACACAGUGUAGGGUGUGAGAGACAGAUACAGUUGAAGUCGGAAGUUUACAUACACUUAGGUUGGAGUCAUUAAAACUUGUUUUUCAACCACUCCACAAAUGUCGUGUUAACAAACUAUAGUUUUGGCAAGUCGGUUAGGACAUCUACUUUGUGCAUGACACAAGUAAUUUGUCCAACAAUUGUUUACAGACAGAUUAUUUCACUUAUAAUUCACUGUAUCACAAUUCCAGUGGGUCAGAAGUUUACAUACACUAAGUUGACUGUGCCUUUAAACAGCUUGGACAAUUCCAGAAAAUGAUGUCAUGCUUUAGAAGCUUCUGAUAGGCUAAUUCCAUUUACAUUUUAGUCAUUUAGCAGACGCUAUCCAGAGCGAAUUACAGCAUACAUUUUUCAUACUGGCCCCCUGUGGGAAUUGAACCCACAACCCUGGCGUUGCAAGCGCCAUGCUCUACCAAUUGAGCUACAGGAGACAUCAUUCGAGUCAAUUGGAGGUGUACCUGUGGAUGUAUUUCAAGGCCUACCUUCAAACUCAGUGCCUCUUUGCUUGACAUCAUGGGAAAAUCAAAAGAAAUCAGCCAAGACCUCAGACAUUUUUUUAUAGACCUCCACAAGUCUGGUUCAUCAUUGGGAGCAAUUUCCAAACGCCUGAAGGUACCACGUUCAUCUGUACAAACAAUAGUACGCAAGUAUAAACACCAUGGGACCACGCAGACGUCAUACCGCUCAGGAAGGAGAUGUCUCCUAGAGAUGAACGUACUUUGGUGCGAAAAGUGCAAAUCAAUCCCAGAACAACAGCAAAGGACCUUGUGAAGAUGCUGGAGGAAACACGUACAAAAGUAUCUACAUCCACAGUAAAACGAGUCCUAUAUCAACAUAACCUGAAAGGCCGCUCAGCAAGGAAGAAGCCACUGUUUGGCCAUAAUGACCAUCGUUAUGUUUGGAGGAUAAAGGGGGAUGCUUGCAAGCCGAAGAACACCAUCCCAACCGUGAAGCACGGGGGUGGCAGCAUCAUGCUUUGCUGCAGGAGGGACUGAUGCACUUCACAAAAUAGAUGGCAUCAUGAGGAAGGGAAAUUAUGUGGAUAUAUUAAAGCAACAUCUCAAGACAUCAGUCAGGAAGUUAAAGCUUGGUCGCAAAUGGGUCUUCCAAAUGGACAGUGACCCCAAGCAUACUUCCAAAGUUGUGGCAAAAUGGCUUAAGGACAACAAAGUCAUAGUCCCAUGUAGCUCAGUUGGUAGCCAGGGUUGUGGGUUCGUUUCCCACAGGGGACCAGUAUGAAGAAAAUAAAAUGUAUGCACUCACUAACUGUAAGUCGCUCUGGAUAAGAGCGUAUGCUAAAUUACUAAAAAUAUUUAAAAAACUAGUGGCCAUUACGAAGCCCUGACCUCAAUCCUAUAGAAAAUUUGUGGGCAGAACUUAAAAAGCAUGUGCGAGCAAGGAGGCCUACAAACCUGACUCAGUUACACCAGCAAUGUCUGGAGGAAUGGGCCAAAAUUCUCCCAACUAAUUUUUUUAUUUAACCAGGUAAGCCAGUUGAGAACAAGUUCUCAUUUACAACUGCGACCUGGCCAAGAUAAAGCAAAGCAGUGCGAUAAAAACAACAACACAGAGUUACAUAUGGGGUAAAACAAAACAAAGUCAAAAAUACAACAUAAAAAUAUAUACAGUGUGUGUAAAUGUAGCAAGUUAUGGAGGUAAGGCAAUAAAUAGGCUAUAGUGCAAAAUAAUUACAAUUAGUAUUAACACUGGAAUGAUAGAUGUGCAAGAGAUGAUGUGCAAAUAGAGAUACUGGGGUACAAAUGAGCAAAAUAAAUAACAAUAUAGGGAUGAGGUAGUUGGGCGGGCUAAUUUCAGAUGGGCUGUGUACAGGUGCAGUGAACGGUAAGGUGCUCUGACAACUGAUGCUUAAAGUUAGUGAGGGAGAUAAGUGUCUCCAGCUUCAGAGAUUUUUGCAAUUUGUUCCAGUCAUUGGCAGCAGAGAACUGGAAGGAAUGGCGGCCAAAGGAGGUGUUGGCUUUGGGGAUGACCAGUGAGAUAUACCUGCUGGAGCGCAUACUACGGGUGGGUGUUGCUAUGGUGACCAAUGAGCUAAAAUAAGGCGGGGAUUUGCCUAGCAGUGAUUUAUAGAUGGCCUGGAGCCAGUGGGUUUGGCGACGAAUAUGUAGUGAGGACCAGCCAACAAGAGCGUACAGGUCACAGUGGUGGGUAGUAUAUGGGGCUUUGGUGACAAAACGGAUGGCACUGUGAUAGACUACAUCCAAUUUGCUGAGUAGAGUGUUGGAGGCUAUUUUGUAAAUGACAUCGCCGAAGUCAAGGAUCGGUAGGAUAGUCAGUUUUACGAGGGCAUGUUUGGCAGCAUGAGUGAAGGAGGCUUUGUUGCGAAAUAGGAAACCGAUUCUAGAUUUAACUUUGGAUUGGAGAUUUUUUAUGUGAGUCUGGAAGGAGAGUUUACAGUCUAACCAGACACCUAGGUAUUUGUAGUUGUCCACAUACUCUAGGUCAGACCCGUCGAGAGUAGUGAUUCUAGUCGGGUGGGCGGGUGCAAGCAGCGUUCGGUUGAAGAGCAUGCAUUUAGUUUUACUAGUGUUUAAGAGCAGUUGGAGGCUACUGAAGGAGUGUUGUAUGGCAUUGAAGCUCGUUUGGAGGUUUGUUAACACAGUGUCCAAUGAAGGGCCAGAUGUAUACAAAAUGGUGUCGUCUGCGUAGAGGUGGAUCUGAGAGUCACCAGCAGCAAGAGCGACAUCAUUGAUAUACACAGAGAAAAGAGUCGGCCCAAGAAUUGAACCCUGUGGCACCCCCAUAGAGACUGCCAUAGGUCCAGACAACAGGCCCUCCGAUUUGACACAUUGAACUCUAUCUGAGAAGUAGUUGGUGAACCAGGCGAGGCAGUCAUUUGAGAAACCAAGGCUAUUUAGUCUGCCAAUAAGAAUGCGGUGGUUGACAGAGUCGAAAGCCUUGGCCAGGUCAAUGAAAACGGCUGCACAGUACUGUCUAUUAUCGAUCGCGGUUAUAAUAUCGUUUAGGACCUUGAGCGUGGCUGAAGUGCACCCAUGACCAGCUCGGAAACCGGAUUGCAUAGCGGAGAAGGUACGGUGGGAUUCGAAAAGGUUGGUGACUUUGAAAGGUUGGAGGUUUUAAAAUGCCUUUUUAAGGGAAAGUUUACAAAAGGUUGUUGCGAAAAGGGUUUCUAAUUUUUAACCGGAGGAAAGGAGCGGAAAUUUUUGUUUUUACCACAAAGAAAAGGUACCCAAGUUGAACCCUUGGAAACCCCCAAGAGAUGACCUUUUGGGGUGGGGGGGGAAAACAGGUUGGGUUUAAAAUUUUAAAUUAUUAAAAUUUUUUUUUUUUUUUAAAACAAGGCAGGAAAUUUUUUCAUUUGAGAAAAAAGGUUUUUUGGGAAAUAAAAAUUCGGGGGUUUUGCCCAAGGCCAAAAGGGCCAGGGUAUAAAAAGGUUUGUGCCUUUAUGAAGGGGGGUCGGGUUUAAAGACGAGGAAAAAUUUGAAUCAAAAAAGGAAAAAAAAAGGCCGGAAAGGAAUUGCAUGGGGAAAAGGACGGGGGUUUCCCGAAAAGGUUGGGAUUUGUUUGAAUUUCCUUCAAAAAAAUUUUGGGGAAAGGCAGGGCAGGAUGGAUAUGGGUCUGUAACAGUUUGGAUCUAAAGUGUCACCCCCUUUGAAGAGGGGGAUGACCGCGGCAGCUUUCCAAUCUCUGGGGAUCUCAGACGUUACGAAAGAGAGGUUGAACAGGCUAGUAAUAGGGGAUGCGACAAUUUCGGCGGCUAGUUUUAGAAAGAAAGGGUCCAGAUUGUCUAGCCCAGAUGAUUUGUAGGGGUCCAGAUUUUGCAGCUCUUUCAGAACAUCAGCUGUCUGGAUUUGUGUGAAGGAGAAGCGGGGGGGGCAUGGGCAAGUUGCAGCGGAGGGUGCAGAGCCGGUGGCCGGGGUAAUGGUAGCCAGGUGGAAAGCAUGGCCAGCCGUAGCAAAAUGCUUGUUGAAAUUCUCCAUUAUUGUAGAUUUAUCGGUGGUGAUAGUGUUUCCUAGCCUCAGUGCAGUGGGCAGCUGGGAGGAAGUGCUCUUAUUCUCCAUGGACUUUACAGUGUCCCAAAACUUUUUGGAGUUUGUGCUACAGGAUGCAAAUUUCUGUUUGAAAAAGUUAGCCUUUGCUUUCCUAAUUGGUUCCUAACUUCCCUGAAAAGUUGCAUAUCGCGGGGGCUAUUUGAUGCUAAUGCAGUACGCCACAGGAUGUUUUUGUGCUGGUCAAGGGCAGUCAAGUCUGAGGAGAACCAGGGGCUAUAUCUGUUCUUAGUUCUGUAUUUUUUGAAUGGGGCAUGUUUAUUUAAGAUUGAGAGGAAAUUACUUUUAAAGAACAACCAGGCAUCCUCUACUGACGGAAUGAGAUAUAUAUCCAUCCAGGAUACCUGGGCCAGGUCAAUUAGGAAAGCCUGCUCGCUGAAGUGUUUUUGGGAGCGUUUGACAGUGAUGAGGGGUGGUCGUUUGACCGCGGACCCGUUACGGACGCAGGCAAUAAGGCAGUGAUCGCUGAGAUCCUGGUUGAAGACAGCGGAGGUGUAUUUAGAGGGUAAGUUAGUCAGGAUGACAUCUAUGAGGGUACCCAUGUUUACGGAUUUAGGGUUGUACCUGGUAGGUUCGUUGAUAAUUUGUGUGAGAUUGAGGGCAUCUAGUUUAGAUUGUAGGAUGGCCGGGGUGUUAAGCAUAUCCCAAUUUAGGUCACCAAGCAGUACGAACUCUGAGGAUAGAUGGGGGGCAAUCAAUUCACAUAUGGUGUCCAGGGCACAGCUGGGGGCUGAGGGGGGUCUGUAGCAAGCGGCAACAGUGAGAGAUUUAUUUCUGGAAAGGUGGAUUUUUAGAAGUAGAAGCUCAAACUGUUUGGGCACAGACCUGGAUAGUAUGAUAGAGCUCUGUAGGCUAUCUCUACAGUAGAUUGCAACUCCACCCCCUUUGGCAGUUCUAUCUAGACGGAAAAUGUUAUAGUUGGGGAUGGAAAUUUCAGAAUUUUUGGUGGCCUUCCUAAGCCAGGAUUCAGACACUGCUAGAACAUCAGGGUUGGCGGAGUGUGCUAACGCAGUGAAUAACUCAAACUUAGGAAGGAGGCUUCUGAUAUUUACGUGCAGAAACCAAGGCUUUUACGGUUACAGAAAUCAACAAAUGAUAGCUCCUGGGGAGUAGGAGUGAUACUGGGGGCUGGAACAGAGGAGGACUAGAAUAAGGAUACGACUAAAGGCUUUAAGAACUGGUCUUCUAGUGCGUUGGGUACAUAGAAUAAAGGGGGCAGUUCUCCGGGCGUUGUAGAAAAGAUUCAGGGCAUUAUGUACAGAAAAGGAUAUGGAAGGAUAUGAGUACAGUUGAGGUAAACCUAAGCGUUGGGUAACAAUGAAAGAGAUAGCAUCACUGGAGGCACCGAUUGAGCCGGUCUCGGCGUGUAUGGGGGGUGGAACAAAGGAACUAUUUGAGGCAGUUUGAGAGGGACUAGGGGUUCUACAGUGAAAUUGUAUAAUAAUAACUAACCCAAACAGCAAUAGGCAAGGCAUAUUGAGAAGGGAGAGAGGAAUAAAGCAAUCACAGGUGUUAUUAGAGAGAGCUAAGACAACAACUGGUAAUAGCGAUAAAGUUUGGGCUGAGGCUAAACAGAAUAAACAGGACAGGGUACCGUGUAAAGGAACAGUCCAGCAGGCAUCAGCUGUGCAGCUGAGUGAUCAUAAGGUCCAGUGAACAGCAAUAUGUGAGUCCGAGAGCAGUUCGAAUUGGUGCUUCAGCACAGCUAGCAGGGAGCACAGUUGUAGUUUGCGUGUGCUAGCGGGCCGGGGCUAGCAGAUGGAUCUUCGUGGUCGUCGCAACGGGAAGCCUGUUGAAACCACAUCAGACGAUUUCGUCGGCAAACCAGUCGUGUUGGAUCGGCGGGGCUCAGUGUCAACACUAGGAGGUCCCGUCCGGUUGACAGAGAGGUAGAUAGCCGGGAGAUGGGCCUGAGGCUAGCUCAAGGCUAACUGGUGCUUGCUAUGGGGCAAUGGUAAUUAGCCAACAACAGGUUGCAGCUAGCUAGCUGGUUGCGAUGAUCCGGCGCUAGGGUCCAGUGAUUCCGGCAGAAAGUCCGAUAAGCUCUGGGUCGAUAGCACGCUGUGCAGACUGGCCGACGAAUUGUCCAGGCUAGAGCUAGAGCUGGCUGGUGGAUAGUGUAGGCCACGGACAAUGGUGAAGACGCUAACAGUGACUAAUAGCAAGUAGCCAUUCAGUUGCAGCUACACUAGUUUCAGCUUAAGGCUCUUGAUGAAAGUUAUGAAGAAAUAAUAGAAUCCUUUCCACGUUGGGUGAGGCGGGUUGCAGGAAAGUAUAUUUAGUUAAAGAAUGAAAAGUAAAAUUGAGAAAUAUAUACAAAAUAGACAACAAAAAAAAAAGAAACGGGAUAUUUACACUAGGACAAUGAAUAAAACCACGACCGCACUGCUACGCCAUCUUUUUAUUUUAUUUUUUUCAUAUUGUGGGAAGCUUGUGGAACGCUACCUGAAACGUUUGACCCAAGAUAAACAAUUUAAAGGCAAUGCUACCAAAUACUAAUUGAGUGUACAUGUAUGUACACUUCUGACCCACUGGGAAUGUAUGAAAGAAAUAAAAGCUGAAAUAAAUCAUUCUCUCUACAAUUAUUCUGACAUUUCACAUUCUUAAAAUAAAGUGGUGAUCCUAACUGACCUAAGACAGGGAAUUUUACUAGGAUAAAAUGUCAGGAAUUGUGAAAAACUGAGUUUAAAUGUAUUUGGCUAUGGUGUAUGUUAACUUCCGACUUCAACUGUAUAAAUGGAGUAUGUGAUGGAGUCACAGGGGGACUGUGAAGAAGAGAAAGGUGGGUGAAAAUUAUAGAAGAAGACAGCUUUCUUGAGGAUUGUUUAUCUUCUCUCACAGCAAUAUUCUGUUGACAGACAGACAUGGGAAAGCAGAUUGAAAUAAAUAACUGACAGUUUUACUUUUUUCGCCAGGCUGACCACGGUAUAGAAAUAACUAAAGGCCUUUACAUUUACAUUUUAGUCAUUUAGCAGACGCUCUUAUCCAGAGCGACUUACAGGAGCAAUUAGGGUUAAGUGCCUUGCUUAAGGGCACAUCGACAGAUUUUUCACCUAGUCGGCUCGGGGAUUAGAACCAGCGACCUUUCGGUUACUGGCACAACGCUCUUACCCACUAAGCUACCUGCCGACCCCUUUACACAGCAGAAAUCCUACAUGAUUUCCUGCAGAUUAAGGCCAGCCAUAUGAAGCUUGGAAGAUGAUCACAGGGUUGAUGCUGACUGAGUUCGUCGAACGUAUCUGUUCUUCACACAAAGAUGUACGCAUUGGGUAAGGGGUAAGGUAGUGAACAGUAGCUGAAAAUAAUUUCACAGAACACUCAUUCAACUGAUUUAUCUACAGGUAUAUUCCAGAGAUGGUUAGUUUGUUUCUAUUUCAUAGGCGGUUGUGUGCAAAAGUUUCAGUUAGGCAUGCAAGUGGCGCAGUGGUCUAAGGCACUGCAUCGCAGUGCUAGCUGUGCCACUAGAGAUCCUGGUUCAUAUCCAGGCUCUGCUGUAGCCGGCCGCAACCGGGAGAACAAUGGGGCGGCGCACAAUUGGCCCAGCGUCGUCCAGGGUAGGGGAGGGAAUGGCCGGCAGGGAGGUAGCUCAGUUGGUAGAGCAUGGCGUUUGCAACGCCAGGGUUGUGGGUUCGAUUCCCACGGGGGGCCAGUAUGAAAAUAAAAAAGAAUAAUGUAUGCACUAACUGUAAGUCGCUCUGGAUAAGAGCGUCUGCUAAAUAAUGUAAAUGUAAUGUGUCAUGCAAGUUCAUUGGCCCUUCACAAUCAGAAGUACUGCAGGAGAAUAUGAAUAUGUCAUGUUUAUUAUAUCCUGUACCUUUGAGAUGAGCUUUGUUACCGUACUUCAACAUAGGUCAGAACAGUGUGAAAAGCAGGUAUACGUACAUGGUCUCACUGUGCACAAUUCCUGUGCAUAACUCAACACCUCAGAUUAAACAAGGUAGACUCACAGGGUCUGUUCGUCUUUAAAAGUGUAUUUUCAAAGUAUUACACUUACGGGCACCAUGUCCUUGCGUCGACAAAAAGAUGACAUCAGGAAUUCAAACACUGAAAUUCAAACACAGCGCUUUGUACCUUGACAGAACCCAUAUUUAUGUUUUAGUUUAUGACUUCCAGUGUUAAAGGGGAGUGCUGAAAACUUGGAGACUCAAAGCCAAUAGUACCUGUGGUGUGAGAAAGUUGUCUGUAUUGCAGUGUGUGAGACAGUGACGUGCGGUAGGCACUGGCUAUUAUCAAAGCCAGAUUUACUCACAAGUAAACCUUGAUGAAGCCAAAGUGCACCAUACAACGGAUAGCUCCAAAACCAGAGUGACAUAGGCUAUUAACCGAUAUGACAAACAAUUUUGACCUAAACAACAAUGUAGCCAAGAUACACAAACGAUAGCCUCCGAUGGCCACACAUUCAUAUCAUCCGACAAAAUUAUGUAGCAUCCACAGUUACAACCAAUAGGUGGCAAUAGAAGACCAAUAUAUGUACACAUUUCAUCCGAAUAGUUUGCAAUGCAAACUCCAUAGCCUUUCACAAUGGAUUUACAAUUCUUCCAAUUCACCGCACAAACAGAUACAUACACACAAACACGCACACAAUAAUAUUAUUAUGUGAAAUAUUAUUACACAUACAUACAGUGGGGAAAAAAAGUAUUUAGUCAGCCACCAAUUGUGCAAGUUCUCCCACUUAAAAAGAUGAGAGAGGCCUGUAAUUUUCAUCAUAGGUACACGUCAACUAUGACAGACAAAAUGAGAUUUUUUUUCUCCAGAAAAUCACAUUGUAGGAUUUUUUAUGAAUUUAUUUGCAAAUUAUGGUGGAAAAUAAGUAUUUGGUCAAUAACAAAAGUUUCUCAAUACUUUGUUAUAUACCCUUUGUUGGCAAUGACACAGGUCAAACGUUUUCUGUAAGUCUUCACAAGGUUUUCACACACUGUUGCUGGUAUUUUGGCCCAUUCCUCCAUGCAGAUCUCCUCUAGAGCAGUGAUGUUUUGGGGCUGUCGCUGGGCAACACAGACUUUCAACUCCCUCCAAAUAUUUUCUAUGGGGUUGAGAUCUGGAGACUGGCUAGGCCACUCCAGGACCUUGAAAUGCUUCUUACGAAGCCACUCCUUCGUUGCCCGGGCGGUGUGUUUGGGAUCAUUGUCAUGCUGAAAGACCCAGCCACGUUUCAUCUUCAAUGCCCUGGCUGAUUGAAGGAGGUUUUCACUCAAAAUCUCACGAUACAUGGCCCCAUUCAUUCUUUCCUUUACACGGAUCAGUCGUCCUGGUCCCUUUGCAGAAAAAUAGCCCCAAAGCAUGAUGUUUCCACCCCCAUGCUUCACAGUAGGUAUGGUGUUCUUUGGAUGCAACUCAGCAUUCUUUGUCCUCCAAACACGACGAGUUGAGUUUUUACCAAAAAGUUAUAUUUUGGUUUCAUCUGACCAUAUGACAUUCUCCCAAUCCUCUUCUGGAUCAUCCAAAUGCACUCUAGCAAACUUCAAACGGGCCUGGACAUGUACUGGCUUAAGCAGGGGGACACAUCUGGCACUGCAGGAUUUGAGUCCCUGGCGGCGUAGUGUGUUACUGAUGGUAGGCUUUGUUACUUUGGUCCCAGCUCUCUGCAGGUCAUUCACUAGAUUCCCCCGUGUGGUUCUGGGAUUUUUGCUCACCGUUCUUGUGAUCAUUUUGACCCCACGGGGUGAGAUCUUGCGUGGAGCCCCAGAUCGAGGGAGAUUAUCAGUGGUCUUGUAUGUCUUCCAUUUCCUAAUAAUUGCUCCCACAGUUGAUUUAUUCAAACCAAGCUGCUUACCUAUUGCAGAUUCAGUCUUCCCAGCCUCGUGCAGGUCUACAAUUUUGUUUCUGGUGUCCUUUGACAGCUCUUUGGUCUUGGCCAUAGUGGAGUUUGGAGUGUGACUGUUUGAGGUUGUGGACAGGUGUCUUUUAUACUGAUAACAAGUUCAAACAGGUGCCAUUAAUACAGGUAACGAGUGGAGGACUGUACAGGUCUGUGAGAGCCAAAAAUCUUGCUUGUUUGUAGGUGACCAAAUACUUAUUUUCCACCAUAAUUUGCAAAUAAAUUCAUUAAAAAUCCUACAAUGUGAUUUUCAGGAUUUAUUUUCUCUCAAUUUGUCUGUCAUAGUUGACGUGUACCUAUGAUGAAAAUUACAGGCCUCUCUCAUCUUUUUAAGUGGGAGAACUUGCACAAUUGGUGACUGACUAAAUACUUUUUUUCCCCACUGUAUAUAAUAAAUAAGGUUCUAACGAAAUGUCCAUAUCAACAAUCAAAAUGACUGAAAAUGCAGUUCAAAACGUCAAAAAAGUAUCUCAUCAAAACUAAAUUCUAGCUUGAUAAAUCAAACGCAUCAAAGGGAUGUUGUCUAUUCUCAUGUUCAUUGAAUAGUAGCCUUACCUGCAAAUUGCAAAGUAAAAUGCAUUUAGGCCUACCUAUGUCAUCCACAACUUUCAUUGGGUCACUGAUACUGUAUGUGCACAGCAGAACCCCAUGUCCAUUAUUUUUAUUCUGCAUAACACGAAAGUGCAAAUGUGCAGAGCUUACCCCAGGCUUACCCACACAACAUGUUUAGGCAAUAUGCAUGCGCAAAAUAUGAAAUUGGCUCAACGCAACGAAUGAAGCUAGGCAAAGCAGUGAGGCCUGUGCUGACCCUGUCCAUCAACAGUGACUGGAGUCAGUAACACACGUGUCAAUGAUUUUAAUGGAUGGGAAGGAAGGUGCCUGUCCUGAGGUUUUGAAUGCAGUUUUAGUAAAUAGAUUUGGAGAAUAAAAACCACCAGAAUCAUUGAGAAAAAACAUUAGAUAACAAAAAAGAAUGACCAUUCUACUGUACUGUAGAUAUGAGUAUUUGUUUUUGUACUGUAGAUUAUUAAUGUGUUGAAGUCACUGUCUUACCAGCAACAGGCCAGAAUCUGUUUCUUAUAUUUGGAAUGGAGAAAAUCCAGGAUCAAUUUCUCCACUUAUUUUAAUAUCAGUAUUUAGUAGGGAAAUGGGACUGUAAUCAGUCCAGAUAUCUUGGCAUGAGUUAUCUUUCAGUCCAGCAUGAAUGAUAACUCAGGGGGCUAAAGGUAUGAGUGUAUGGCAGAUCUGCCAAGGUUGAAAUACAUUUAGUUGUUUUACUUGUCAUGUCUGGUUAAGAGUUUUUCGUGAGAUGGGACCAAAAUAAUUCAUCCAAUAGGAACUUGGUAUAGAUUAUCAUUAAACACUAUAUAUUCUUUCCCUUCCUUUACAGCCAUUCUGAACAUGGACAACACUGUGGUGGACCUUGAGACCUUGCAAUCCCUGUAUGACAAUGUAAGUUGUUUGGAAUGUAUUCAUGAUUAUAUACUAUGCUUUUUUGUUGUAAAUGUUUAAUGACAAGAACUUUCACUGAGUGAAAAUAGUUUUGGGCAGUGUUUAGGGCAUGUGGAAUAUUACCACAAGUCUGGUAAGAUACACCAAUUCCAUGUAUGCACAACAAUAUCAACUUGAUCAAACAAUCAUUGUUUAAAUGUUUGCUCAUGAUUCAUGAUUUUAAGUUUCAUACCAUAUACAGUGGGGUCUGAAAUUAUUUUUUGUAAAUAAGAAUAUAAUAUGUUUCUAAACACUUUUACAUUAAUGUGGAUGCUACCAUGAUUACAGGUAGUACUGAAUGAAUAGUGAAUAAUGAUGAGUGAGAAGAUUACAGACACACAAAUACCCCCCCCCCCCCCCCCCCCAAACAAAUGCUAACCUCCCCUGUUAUUGUAAUGGUGAGAGGUUAGCAUGUCUUGGGGGUUUGAUAUGUGUGCGUCUGUAAUUAUGUCACUCAUCAUUAUUCACGAUUCAUUCAGGACUAUUACUGAGUACCACUCUCCAUAUUUUCAAGCAAAGUGGUGGCUGCAUCAUGUUAUGGGUAUACUUGUAAUCAUUAAAGAAUGGGGAGUUUUUCAAGAUAAAAUAUAAACCUAAUGGAGCUAAGCACAGGCAAAAUCCUAGAGGAAAACCUGGUUCAGUCUGCUUUCCACCAGACAUUGGGAAAUGAAUUCACCUUUCAGCAGGACAAUAACCUAAAACACAAGGCUAAAUCUACACUGGAGUUGCUUACCAAGAAGACAUUGAAUGUUCCUGAAUGGCCGAGUUACAGUUUUGACUUAAAUCUGCUUGAAAUUCUAUCGCAAGACCUGAAAAUGAUUGUUUAGCUCAACAACCAAUUUGACAGAGCUUGAAGAAUUUUGAAAAUAAUAAUGGUCAAAUGUUGCACAAUCCAGGUGUGGAAAGCUCUUAGAGACUUACCAAGAAAGACUCACAACUGUAAUCGCUGCCAAAGGUGAUUCUAACAUGUAUUGAUUCAGGGGGUUGAAUACUUAUCUAAUUAAGAUAUAUUAGUGUUUUAUUUUUCAUAUAUUUUUUUUAAAUGUUAGAAUUUUUCUUCCACUUUGACAUUACAGAGUAUUUUGUGUAGAUCGUGUAGAAAGUCAAGGGGUAUGAAUACUUUCUGAAGGCACUGUACUGUAUGUAUCUGUCUUUCGACGCCAUACUCACCACUGGUGUGUAUGGCCAAAGAGCUAUAUGUUCAUGUCAUCUGGCCAUAGCAGCGGUUCCAAUCCAAGUGCCAAUUAGCAAACUCCAGACGUUUACAUUUGUUGGUUGCUCUCAAUAAAGGCUUUUUUUCUGGCAACCCUUCCCGUAGAGCCUAUUGGCAUGGUGGUGGCGUCUAAUUGUAGAUUUGUAGAUUUGGUGACCCGAAGAUGCCACCAGGUUAUGUAAUUCUCCAACUUUGGCCCUUCUCCUCACUGUGUGUUGGGACAAUAUACGCAUGUGACCAGUACCAGGCAAGUUUACCACUGUUCCAGUGGUUUUAAUCUUCUUAGUUGUUGCCAUAAUAUAUUUCAUUUCUUUGAUUUUUUUUUCCCUCAAUUUCCUGAUUUAUGAAGUUCAACAACCAUUUGUCCCUUUUCGUUUGUGAGUGCUUUGCCUUUUCCCAUGGUGAUGGAUGACAUAGGUAUUUGACAUGCGUGUCACCUCAUGAAACAGGAAUCCAUGGAAGGCCACAAUGCAAUUCCUUAAGAUUGCCAACGUGAGUAAGACAUUUAAGCGUGUUAACCCUCACAGGGCUGCCAGACCAGACGGCAUCCCAAGCCGCAUCCUCAGAGCAUGUGCAGACCAGCUGGCUGGAGUGUUAAUUGACAUAUUCAAUCUCUCCCUAUCCCAGUCUGUUGUCCCCACUUGCUUCAAGAUGUCCACCAUUGUUCCUGUACCCAAGAAAGCUAAGGUAACUGAACUAAAUGACCAUCACCCUGUAGCAUUCACUUCUGUCAUCAUGAAGUGCUUUGAGAGGCUAGUUAAGGAUCACAUCACCUCCACCUUACCCAACACCCUAGACCCACUACAAUUUGCAUACUGCCCCAACAGAUCCACGGAUGACGCAAUCGCAAUUGCACUGCACACUGCCCUAUCCCAUCUGGACAAGAGGAAUACCUAUGUAAGAAUGCUGUUCAUCGACUACAGCUCAGCCUUCAACACCAUAGUGCCCUCCAAGCUCAUUACUAAGCUCUGGAGCCUGGGUCUGAACCCCGCCCUGUGCAACUGGGUCCUGGACUUCCUGAAGGGCCGACCCCAGGUGGUGAAGGUAGGCAACAACACCUCCGCUAUGCUGAUCCUCAACACGGGGGCCCCUCAAGGGUACAUGCUCAGCCCCCUCCUGUACUCCCUGUUCACCCAUGACUGUGUGGCCACGAACAUCUCCAACUCAAUCACCAAGUUUGCAGACGACACAUCAGUGGUAGGCCAAGAUAACCAACAACGACAAUGUCUACAGGGAGGAGGGGAGGGCCCUGGCGGAGUGGUGCCAGGAAAAUAACCUCUACCUCAACAAAAAAAGAAGGAGCUGAUCGUGGACUUCAGGAGACAGCAGCGAGAGCAAGCCCCCAUCACAUCAACAGGGCAUCAGUGAAGAGGGUGAGAAGCCUUGGCGUGCACAUUUAUUUACAUUUAUUUUCAGUCAUUUAGCAGAUGCUCUUAUCCAGAGUGACUUACAGUUAGUGAGUGCAUACAUUUUCAAACUGGCCCCCCAUGGGAAACGAACCCACAACGCUGGCGUUGCAAGCGCCAUGCUCUACCAACUUAGCUACAGGGGACCACAUCACUGACAACCUGAAAUGGUCCAUCCACACAAACAGUGAACAGUGUGGUAAAAAAAGGGGCUACAGUGCCUCUUCAACCUCAGGAGGCUGGCUGAAGAAAUCACAGCCUGUUCACCCCGCUACCAUCUAGAAGGCGGAGACAGUACAGGUGCAUCAAAGCUGGGACUGAAAAACAGCCACCAGACUGUUAAUUAGUCACCACUAGCCAUCCUCUGCCCAGCACCCUGCCCUGAACUUAGUCACUGUUACUAGCCAGCUACCACCCAGCACUCUACCCUGCACCUUUGAGACUGCUGCCCUAUGUACAUAGUUCUUGAACACUGGUCACUUUAAUAAUGAUUCCAUACUGUUUUACCCACUUAAUUUAAGUGAUAAUGCCCGAGAAGCCAGUGUUUGGAGGAUACAUUGGCAGGGGUGUUGUUAGGCCCGAGAUGAAAUUAGGCCUGAGAUGGCUUCGAGGGCAUUAUCACUUUUAUACAACGGGUUACCAACAUAUUCAAAUAACGAUUGACAUAUUUUCAUUAAAAACAUUAUUUUAAUGAAUUUAUUCAUACUUUUUCAUCCUUCCACAAGACAUAGUCCCGACACAAAUCUAGGGUUGCUACCCAAGCCGGCUGGUCGUUCGUUCUAUCGGUUCGGUUGCCAGAGACGCGACUCAGUCGUUCAGUCUUUUUGUUCUGCAUCUAUGGACGCGACCCAGUUGUUCUAAAUGUUCCAUUCCCACACUGGCUGGCAAUGUUCUUAUCUCUUGCUUGCUAGCUAGCCAACUACGGCUAACUUACAGUCAUGUCAAACAGUGCAGCCAGAAUAACAACAAAGUAGCUGCAUUUGCAUUUGUUUAAGCUGUUUUCUAGUGACAUUUAUUUGAAUACAUCCAUAACAAUGAGCUAAUGAUGCACGAUUUCACCAGGCAUAGAAAAUGUGCUCUCUUGUCAGGACACUGUUGUUCGAGAGCUAGCCAACAACACCGCUAACACAAUCACUUUCAAACUGAAGCUGGAAAGACUGCACUCUAGCUGCACUUCAUUUCAUUUGACCUGUUUUCUAUUGAUAGUUCUUUGUAUUUAUCCAUAGAAAUGAUGAUGAUUCAUGAUUUCGAAUGGCUGAGAAAAGCUGCGUACCUGUCAGUCUCAUCCUGACUCCCUACACGUUCAUUACUAUGGGACAGCUGGAGAUCGAAUUUGAAUAUUGAAACAAUGUUGCAAAUGUCGUAGAGACAGACAGCAAGGUUUAUACAAAUCUCCGCUGUUCAAAACGGAAUGUUAGUCUAAAGGAAAUGUGAGAUAAUGUCUAGAUGCUUUUUAUAGUGAAGAUCAAGUUUAUAAAUUGCCUGGCUGGGCUGAUGAGACAGCGGGUUGUGCAGUCAGAUGGAACACACCUUUUCUAUUCGUAUUGUCUAUACACUUGUCUAUAUACUGUCUAUACACACCAUUGUAUACAUAUAUAUAUUUUUUUAUUAUUUGUAUUCUGGACACUGACAUUGCUCGAUCUGAUAUUUCUUCAUUUCUUUCUUUGUAUUUUUGGGAGUUGUGUGUAUUGUUUUGUAUUGUUCGGUAUUACUGCACUGUUGGAGCUAGAAACUUAAGCAUUUCACUGCACCUGCGAUAACAUCUGCAAAAUAUUUGUACAAGACCAGUCAAAUUUUAUUUAAUGUAAUUUGAUUAAUUAAAAAAAGUAGAAUGCUAAUGCGGAUUUUAUUUUGUUUGUUUUUAUUUAUAAGAAUCUUUAAGGGUGCCAAUCACUUUGACACAUAUCUUAAAAAAUGUAUAUAAAUUACUUAUUAUAUCUCUUUCUCUGAGCAAUUGAAUUAGUAUAAUAGAAUAUAAUUUUCAAAAAAAAUUGGGAGCAUACAAUAUAGCUCAGUAUUUUUAUUAUUUAUUUUAUACAGUUUUUUUCUGCUCAUCUUUAUCAAGGGUGCCUGGACCUGACUGUAGUUACAGAAAGCUAUUAUUUGAUUAUAUAAUGAAAUAAUGAAAUAUAUAAUAGUCAAGCCACAGUAUUAGCAACUAGUUAAAAAUUAAUUCAUUUUCUUUUAUUUGGACUACAAAAACAAAAGAAAAAAUCCCAUCAAUUAAGUGCUCCUUCCUUGGAACAUGUGGGAAGGUGGCCUUUUCAUAAACAGUCUUUUAAUAUUUAGUUAUUAACAGUUUCAUGAUUUUGUUGUGGAUUUCAGUUCCACAGCGUCUGCUCUGAACAUUACUCUGUAUCUGGAGUUCAUGUUCCAUCUGGUCCACUUGAAAGGCAAACUAAAGGAAAUGUGCAUUAAAUACCAAAACAAACAUGGAAACCACAAGCCCUACUGGUAUGCGUGGUGUUUGGCCACAGAGUCAGCCCCAGUGAACAGUAUGUCUGCUGGAAGGGGAUAUACUUUUUCUCUAGUAAACAUCUAUUCUUGUUUAAAGACAUGCAUCAUCAUACAAGGUGAGUAGAGACAUAUCAUCUAUAUCGGAUUUUAAUGUACCCCUCUCCACUGUAUAAUGGGCACUUUUAUUAAAGUACAAUGGGAUGUCAUAAAGUUUGUUAUUAUUUAAUUGCUUUAGAAUAAGACUCCCUAGUACACCCUGCUGGUUGUGAAGGUUCCAAUAGUUACAGCCAAGCAUUGUCAUCAUUAGCCCUGCAUGACGUUAAACCUGUCUCUUUCAGCAGAACAUUCAGAGCCCCAUGCAUUGUUAUGUCAAUAAAGAGAGGAGCAUGAAAAGGGACAUGUUUUUUCAAUUUCAACCGUGAUACAGUUUUAAGAUGCUAUGACAUUCCUGAGAAGCUUUUGGCUGGACAACACAAGAGGCCCGUCCUUUGACUGCUAGAGCCACAUUAAUAAUAUUGAUCAUGUUAAAAUGACUGUGACUUGAGACAUGGUGUAUUUCUUACGAAAUGUGUCAUAACGGAGGAUCAAAUGAGUAUUUUUGCUGCUUAACCCACCCUCAUCUCUCGCACCCCGCUCCCCACACCCUUCUCUCCCUUGCCUGAGGCUGUGUUAUUGAGUUGUGUAGCCAAAUUGUUUCUCUUUUGUAUUGCGAGACUCCAUCCUGUCUCCCGGUCUCUAACCCCUAACCACAGUUGGCAGUGUAGCCACCCUGACUUAGGAAUGAAGGGUUCUAAUGGUUACACCCUCACAGUUCUAGAACACACACACAAACACAGAGCCAUUGAGAAGUUCACUCCUCACUUCACAGUAAGAAAUGGAGUCACCCUGUCUGUGGGCUUUUAAAAUAAAACCACUACUGCUCUCACAACACAAACCCACAGGCAGGACGGGAUCACUGUGAGGUACCCCUCCCCGCAAAUAUCAGGAGUCGGAACCUCAUGACACAACUCUUAGAAGUUCAGGGAACCCUUCCCAACACCACAUUACUUUGCACAUGAUAAACAAACCACAACACUUACACUCAUGAAAUAUACUCAUAGGCUGUGACUGCAGAGGUUGAGGGACAUUAUAACAACACUGUCACUUUGUAUGGAUAAACACAGAAUUGUGACAGUGACAUAGGUCAGUGGUACAAUAAUAGCACCUCAGGCUGCGUUUUCAUUAAACUCAGUCAUCAGAAAACAACAUUGACUUGAAGUUUAGUGCCAUACAUGGGAAGUUUCGUAAAUACUGAGUUGACCAGAAAUGUGGGGAUUGCAGUGACAUUUGGUCCAAGUCAUUUUCCAAAAGUGCACCUUUCUCUGUAUUCGAAAUGCCACAUACAACUUUCUUUCAUACUGUCACAGCCAAAAAGAAAGGCACCAACUCAUAGAUCUCACCAUCAUAUCUUCUUGUCCCCAAAUUACUCCUCACGUUGGUAUACCCACAUGUUGAAAAAGGAUAUGUUUUGUGUUAAAUGUAUUGAAACAUGUCGUAAACCAGAACCAGAGCUUGCCCUCGCGGACCCAAGGCUGAGUGUGUUGAAUACUAAUUUGCUGUGUUUGAUGCCCAUAUUUGAUGUGCUGCUGCUGAGUUAUGCCUGGGCCAGGCCCCGGAGUCAACGUCGGCUCCCCUAGCCUGAGAGACAUACAGAGUUUACAUUUCUCUUUGUCGGACGCUUUAUGGUUUUGCCAGCCUGAGUCAGGCCUGUCAACCUCUAUUGUCUUUGUCUUUGUGAAAUGAGAGGGCAUCUCUGGCCUGGUUACAUUUUUUCGACCCACUUGUAUAAAACUGUGGUUUUGUGUCUGGGAAAGUGGAAAAUAUGUUGGAAAUCGAAACAAUACUAUAGUGUUUCACCUUAUAGUGUUUAUAAAGUAUCUACAAUGGCUGUAUUUGCCAACAUUCAGUUCCCCUGAAAGUGAAAGAACAGGGUUUGUGUGCAUGUACGGUAUAUCUCAAGUACAAGGUAUAUUUUGUGUGCCACUUACUGUUUACCCAAUAUCACACUCCUUACUUAUUUCAGGGAGCCCAGCAAGAUGAGAUGGAGAAGAUUGAGAAGCACAUCAAGUCAUCCAAAGGCAAGGAUGACGCAAAGCCAUUGGACAAGCCUGAACAGUAAGAGCAAAUGUAUCCUCUGUGCCAAGUCUGUCCUGUUUCUGUUUCUCUCUCAAUUGUUGGUGAUAGGAAAGGUCAGGAAAAUGGCAAUUUCAAAAUAGGCCCUGUUUAAGUAUUUUAACACUUUCGUUUUGUUCUUGUUCUUUCCUAAGGUUUCUCUUCCAGUUGUCCCAAAUCCCCAAUUUCUCAGGAAGGGUGUUUUGCAUCCUCUUUCAAUCAACCUUUGUUGAAUGUAUCUCCUCCAUCCUCCGGAAAGUAGAAAUCCUUCAGAGAAUGUGUACGGUAAGUCUCCUCUCAUCUUUCUGAGAACAGCACGUAGUGGACAAUGUAAUGUACAGCCAUGCAUCCAGAGUGUUGAGUACAUAAGGAAUGAGAGCCAUUAUCUCUGCACAGGGCAAAUAUACAGUAUGCCUCAUUUAUACCAGAGGCACUGAACUGAACUCUCUCUCUCUUCUUCUUCUGUUUGUCUGUUUACCCCUCUGUCUCUUUCCUCUUUCCUCUUUUAUUCUCUUUGCUCCCUCUUCUCUAUCCCUCUCUUACCGUAUAUAUUCUGUCCCUCAUUUAUCUGUAUCUUUCUCCUUUCCUUUCUUCUUCUCUUCCCUCUCUCCCUCCACUUCUUUCCCCAUGCUGUGUAUCAGACUCUGCAGAGUGGUCAGUUUGUGAUGCAAACCUACGUCUUAGCUUUUGGGAACUUCAUGAACGGAGGGAACCGAUCGCGUGGGCAGGCUGACAGCUUCACUCUGGACAUCCUGCCCAAACUCAAGGACGUCAAGAGCAGUGUGAGUGUGUGUUGAGCUCUGACCAUAACUGCCCUAUUAUGGUGCUUAAGCAAUUAUUUGUCCCCAAAUGAGUGACUGACUGAUUGUUUGUUAGAUUUUUGUGUACCACCUGUGCUGUCAUGUAAGAACAUAGUGCAGUGUUUUCAAUAUUGGAAUCCUAGAGAGGUGUCCAUAAAGAAUAUAAGACAAGUUACUAGCUCUAAGUAAUGACAGUCUCCCCAGCAGAGAUUUCACUUGUGUUUGAUCCAUUGCUUUGAGGUGCUGAACUUCUAAAUCCUCUUUAGAUGUGUUCUCCAUACCAAUCGAAACAUUCUGCUCUAAAAUGAUUAGAUUAAUGACAAAAAUGAUGUAUUUAUUUUUAUCUUUUUCCCCCUCUCUCUUUCAGGAUAACUCUCAGAGUCUUUUGUCAUACAUCGUUGCUUACUAUCUAAAGAACUUUGAUAAGGUAUGUUUUGGUUCCUGUUUAUUUGAAUCCCUUUCUGAUUUACUUAGAUAUCUAUCCAGCCACCUUUUCAUCUUCUCUCUCGCCCGAGGAUAGCAUGGCUUUUCUUAUCAAAUUAUUUAUUUUCCUUUCCCUCAUUUACAAAAGAAGCUAAUGUCUCCCUCUCAGUUCGCCUGGAUCUGUACAACGUUAGCUUCCACAGGAUCCAAAGGAAGCCUAUUGUAAAUAAUUAGGUUAGCCAGAUGAGAUGAAUUCAGCCAAAUGUAUGUUGCCAAAAUCAACAUACACAACAUGGUUCUGGGCUCCUAAUGGCUCCCUAGUAAUACUGAUGGACAUGACGAACGUAUACUUUGAUUACAAUGGCUCCACUCUAGCUGAUGGCCAUUACCACCAUGCAACCUUAUCUUAUUGGGAAUGUUUGGACUACUGAUAAGAAUGGCAGAGACAUCCAUCCCAAUCUUACCUGAGAUGUAUGCUGGAGAGGGCUGCUCUGGUCUUUGAUGAUGAUUGCCUUUGACUGUGUGUGUGUGUGUGUGUGUGUGUGUGUGUGUGUGUGUGUGUGUGUGUGUGUGUGUGUGUGUGUGUGUGUGUGUGUGUGUGUGUGUGUGUGUGUGUGUGCUCAGGACGCCGGUAGAGAGACCUGUGUCUACCCUCUCCCUGAACCCCAGGACCUCUUCCAGGCCUCUCAGAUUAAGUUUGAGGACUUUCAGAGAGACCUACGCAAGCUAAGAAAAGACCUUAACGGUGAGACUGGCUCCCACAAAUGUAUUUUGGUCCAUUUGUAGCUCCAUUUAUAAACCUUGGACUAUAUAUUUUUCACACUAGGUAGUAAACCUGAAUCAACGUUGAUUAUGACAGGUGUUACAUAAUGUUUGUGAUACCAUUGUGUAGGAUUUAUGAGUGUCAUGUGAAAUGGAUUCCUGUAUCUUUAUAAUAGAAAAUUCUUCAAAGUUUGCCCACGAAACAGGGUCAAUAGAUAGCAUCUGAUUGUCGUACAAAGCCCCAAACUAGAACCAGAUGGAGAGUCAGGAGCAGACUCCUCUAGAAUCCGCUAGGCACCCUUUUACUGUCCUCACAACACAGAGCUCCAAAAAAAUCCAGGUUCAGGGGGCUUUUCCUACCUGUGCUCCAGCUCAUGUCCCUCAGAGUGAGUCAAAGGCCUGGAGAGGCCGCCUUAUUUAUGCAGCACCCGCACAUUACAAACCAUAAGAUCUGAAGAUCCCAUAUUAAAAACCAUCAGUGUACUGUAUGGGUAGCAAUAAUGUUUGACUGCCAUCUAGUUGAACAAGAACAGAAUAUUGCAAACCAAAUACUAGGUCACGAGUCCAGGUAGCACUUAUAAACAUGUUAGAGGUUUACAGGGAAUUACCUCGAUCAGACUAGGGUUAAGCUGAAAGUCUUACGUUUUUUCCCAGGUUAACAUGAGUCAAAUAGUAGGAAUUAGGGAACAACAAAAAUCCCUGAUGAAGUGUGGAAAUCAGAUUAAACAUUUAAAGCCAAGCUCAUGGUUAAACAAAAUCCCUGUGCAACCGAUUGAAAGACUGAAUGGGGAAAUACUUACAUUAAUUACUCAGUCUUAACUCAUUUAACACUUUCAACAUGUUAUAGGGGUCAGGUGGGGAAAUAUUAAUACUAACAGAGUACAACUUUUUUGUAUGUGUCGAUCAAGAAUAAUCACCCAAAUCUCCUGUUCUCUAUCAUGUACAGCGCCUUCGGAAAGUAUUCAGAACCCUUUACUUUUUCCACAUUUUGUUACGUUACAGCCUUACUCUAAAAUGGAUAAAAUAAAAUAAAAUCAUCAGCAAUCUACACACAAUACCCUAUAAUGACAAAGCAAAAACUGGUUUUUAGAAAUGUCUGCAAAUGUAUUAAAAAUAAAACAUACCUUAUUUACAUAAGUAUUCGAAAUUGAGCUCAGGUGCAUCCUGUUUCCAUUAAUCAUCCUUGAGAUGUUUCUACAACUUGAUUGGAGUCCACCUGUGGAAAAUUCAAUUGAUUAGACAGGCACACACCUGUCUAUAUAAGAUCCCACAUUUGACAGUGCAUGUCAAAGCAAAAACCAAGCCAUGAGGUUGAAGGAAUUGUCCAUAGAGCUCAGAGACAGGAUUGUGUCGAGGCACAGAUCUGGGGAAGGGUACCAAAAAAUGUCUGCAGCAUUGAAGUUCCCCAAGAACACAGUGGCCUCCAUCAUUCUUAAAUGGAAGAAGUUUGGAACCACCAAGACUCUUCCUAGAGCUGGCCCCCCGGCCAAACUGAGCAGUCGGGGGAGAAGGGCCUUGGUCAGGGAGGUUACCAAGAACCUGAUGGUCACUCUGGCAGAGCUCAAGAGUUCCUCUGUGGAGAUGGGAGAACCUUCCAGAAGGACAACCAUCUCUGCAGCACGCCACCAAUCAGGCCUUUAUGGUAGAGUGGAAGCCACUCCUCAUUAAAAGGCACAUGACAGCCCGCUUGGAGUUUGCCAAAAGGCCCCUAAAGUCUCUCAGACCAUGAGAAACAAGAUUCUCUGGUCUGAUGAAACCAAGAUUGAACUCUUUGGCCUGAAUGCCAAGCGUCACGUCUGGAGGAAACCUGGCACCAUCCCUACUGUGAAGCAUGGUGGUGGCAGCAUCAUGCUGUGGGGAUGUUUUUCAGCAGCAGGGACUGGGAGACUAGUCAGGAUCGAGGCAAAGAUGAACAGAGCAAAGUACAGAGAGAUCCUUGAUGAAAAUCUGCUCCAGAGCGCUCAGGACCUCAGACAGGACAACGACCCUAAGCACACAGCCAAGACAAUGCAGGAGUGGCUUUGGGACAAGUCUCUGAAUGUCCUUGAGUGGCCCAGCCAGAGCCCGGACUUGAACCAGAUCGAACAUCUCUGAAGAGACCUGAAAAUAGCUGUUCAGCAACGCUCCCCAUCCAACCUGACAGAGCUUGAGAGGAUCUGCAGAGAAGAAACUCCCCAAAUACAGGGGUGCCAAGCUUGUACCAAAGAAGACUCAAGGCUGUAAUCGCUGCCAAAGGUGGUUCAACAAAGUACUGAGUAAAGGGUCUGAAUACUUAGGUAAUUGUGAUAUUUCAGUUUCUAAAAACCUGUUUUUUUUCCCUUUGUCAUUAUGGGUUAUUGUGUGUAGAUUGAUGAGGGGAAAAAACGAUUUAAUACAUUAUAGAAUAAGGCUGUAACCUACCAACAUGUGGAAAACGUCUUGGGAUCAAAAUACUUUCCGAAGGCACUCUAUCUUACUGUUAAACCAAUCAAGGCUUGUAUUAUUUUGCCAAUUAUUGUUUUUUACUGAGCUGCAAUCAAUCUUGUGAAGCUUCUUAUUAUUUGGAGUGCGUGAAGAUCGAGUUGACCAGGUCCAUUGGGAUACUGACUUGCUUACUCAUUCCCAAUAGCAGAGGCUGGUUGACAUUUAUUGUCAUGAAUCUUGUCCUGGAGGCAGAACUGAGCAAUUUCUCCUUAGAUAGGCAAGCUGCAAAGUCAAAAUGGGCAGUAUUGUAAAAACUAAUGAAAACAAAAAAUAGCUUUUUGGUCUUAAUUUAAAGGUUAGGCAUUAGAGUUGGCAGUGUGGUUAAGGUUACGUUUCAAAUCGAAUUUGAUGACUUUGUGCUGUGCCAGCUAGUGACCACUCUACAGAGCUGCCUCCAGAACAAGAUUCAUGACGAAAAACACUAACCUGCAUGGCAGAGUACCAUGAUGGCGUACAUAAAUGCUUCAUCAGAUACUGUAGGGUUCUCUUCACAGGGACCAGCUGAGUGCUGUAACAGAUGUGGGCUUGGUUGAGUAGGCGUCCCAUAGCAAUGGGCUUGGAUGGCUCUCAGGACAACAGCUAGCUAGCUACCUCCACAGAGUGGGCCAUGUGGUCAAACAAUUAGCUUCCGAGAACUCUGGCAUGCACUUUUUGGAUUCAUCAUGGGCGCUGAUGGACCAUGACUCUGGGGUGCUCCAAGGGAUGCUUAAGGGGUCUGCAGGUUCCAAGGGCAUCACUCAUUGUUUGGAGAAAAGCAGUAGGGUGAAUGGGAAUGCAACAUUACUGGUUAGCGUAGCCCAAUCCAUUAUGUAUGGUAAUUAGCCCUAAUUACAUAAACAGGUAGAGUGUAAUACUGCAAUGUCAAAAAUGGUCUUAUGAUUUACAAGCUCAUUCUUCUUUGGACAGAAAAACAAAUUAAAACAUGUUUUUCUUCUUUCUUCCUCUUCCACUCCAGCAUGCUUGGCCGAGACAGAGAUGGUCAACCAG